GCUACAGAAGUAAUCUAUUGCUAUGCAAACCGUCUUCCCACCCCCUUUCUUUCAUCACGUUAGUCUUUCAAUCUCUGUCUGCGCACCAUCAAAACUCGCGAAGGUUAAAGCAACGUUCGCUUCCUCGUUGCGCUUCGAUCCACGAGCUUGCGAAGAGAGGUCACGGUCUGCGCCGGGGCGGCAAGGGAUCGAGCGACUGCCGGCUUCACUUCACGAGCUUCCACGCAUUUCAUACUUGUUGAUUUCUCCGCACGCAGCGUUGGCAGAGCGCAAGGUACGAUUUCUGCUCUUCGUUUUCACACGUACACACCCUUUUCCUUUUUCUGUGCGUGCGCGUCGUUUGCUGCACCUUCACGAUGGGACUGGCGCUGUGCCACUCCCUCCCGCGCGACGUAGCGGUGCAGGUGUGUCUGCUUUUGUUUUUGGUCGCCCUGAUCCUUCAAGCUGCUGCGAUCGGCCUGCACACUCGAAACGACGGUGGUGGUUACUUUACCCUGAAAGGCACGUCUUCGGCGAGGUCGAACGCGUUGGUGCUGCUGGCGGCGCACCCCGCCACUUACAUCCCACCCUCCUCGGUGCUGAACACCGGCACGGGCACCGCGGCGACAAAGCUGUGCAACCCAUCCGCUGCCGUCCUCACCUACUCGUGCGCACGCUUUGCCGAGUCGUUUCACGUCGUGAACGGCCUCACCCUCAGCAGCUUCAUCACCAACGCCAUCACCCUCGUGCUGAGUGUGUUUGUGCUGGUUCGACUGAGCCACUCCACGCAGGGCUUGCUCUUCCGACUCAUGUACGCGACUUGCGGGCCGGUGGUGCUGCAAUGCGCGGCGGUCGGCUGCUUCUUUGCGCGCACCGUCCCGCACGCCCGUCGCGACACGGCCGCUGCGGCUGGGUACGGUGACGGCCAGAUCAAGUUCCACCGGCGCCCCGCGACGAACCUCAUGAUCGCUGCCACGGCUCUCCUGUGCGCCGGGUUCGUGAUUGUGUUUUCGCGGUGGGUGUCGGUCAUUUGCCUGCGACUUCACUUCGAGGAACACAAGGAGCACACGAAGGAGGAGGUGGAGCAGAUGACGAAGGCGCACAUGGUGAAUGACGACUGGACGCGACAGAAGCAGAUUUUGCUCUCCCACGCGCGGAGUGUGCAGGUCGAGAUGGCGGUCAAGAACCCCCACAAGGGCGACCGCUUUUCUGCCUCGGCGACAGCGCGGAGCGGCGAGCCUUUUCCGUCGCAAUCGAUCGACACCGGUGUGAGGGCCCACCGACCUGGUGGCCUCUCCGACGAGGAGCCAGACGCGGGCACGUUGCACUUCCGUGCCGCCUCCUCGGUCACGCCGCUUACUGGUCACGCCAGCCCUGGCCGUGGUGCAGCCGCGAGCUCUAGUGGAAGAAAAGGCUCUACUGCUUUCGAGGAUGCGGAUGGGCGGACAAGCGGCAUAGACCAAAUGCCCCCUCCACCGCUCACCCAAGCCGGUGAGGGCAACGAGGUGGUGAUGUCUACCAACGACACCCACCCUUUCAGCGAAGCGGAGGCGUACGACACGCGUCACGGCGACUCCGACCCACUCACUCGAUAG